AGUCCAGACCACCGGAUAGAUCAUCAGUCCGAUCGGCUUCCUCUGACAGAAAGAUUAGUUAGCACAACGAGAGGCAAAGCGUACACGUAGAGACGUCGGCCGUCGUCGAAGGGGAGAAAUGGGCUCGUGCGUCUCGCGCUCGACGGCGUCCGUGGAGGGGUCCCGGCGGGCGGCGGCCACGGCGAAGGUGAUCGGCCUGGACGGCUCUUUGGCGCAGUUCGCGGCGCCCGUCACGGCGGGCGAGGCGCUUGGGGGCGAUGCGCUGGGCGAGCCGAGCUUCCUGUGCAGCGCCGACGAGCUCCGCUUCGACGUGCCAGCCCGCGCGCUGGCGGCGGAGGAGGCGCUGCAGCCCGGGUGGCUCUACUUCGCGCUGCCCGCGUCCAUGCUCCGCCGCCCGCUCUCCGGGCAGGAGAUGGCCGCCCUCGCCGUGAGGGCCAGCUCCGCGCUCGCCAUCGCCGGCGGCAAGGGGCGGAAGGCGGCUCGGGUGGCGCCGCUCGUCGUCGCCGAGGAGGACGGUGGAUGGGGUCACCACGGGUACGGAAAAAGCGAUGCGCUCAAGACGGUGAACGGCGGUGGUGAGACGGUGGGGAAGACGAGGAAGCGUGACACCCGUCGUCCGGCAGGUGUGCAAAGGUUAAGCGCCAUUUUGGAGGCCGAUGACUCUGAUGAGUGACCCCAAUUGCCGAACUGAUUCUUGCAAGCGGUUAAUUAUUUGAGUUUUGAGCGCGGGAUCGAUCCCCCAAACCCAGGUGGAGAAUCGUGUAUGUGUAUAUAUAUAGUGCAUACUAGUGUACGAAUGUACAAGAUGCUUCAAUUUCAUAUGCGCCUUCUUUCUACUUUUAGGACUUCUUUGAUUUAAAGGAAUUUCAUAAGAAUUUUGAAGGAUUGAAAUCCUUAGGAUUUUCUCUUA